UCCUAUAUUAUGAUUUUUUGUUGGGGGUCAGUCGGUAUUUGGUUGGUACAGCAGAACUGAGGCGCCUCCUGGAUAUGCAGAUUUGAAAGUUUUGUUGAGAAAAGAGCGAACCGAGGAUUUUUUAUUGCUUUUACAUUAUUUGAAGUGCAAAAUGGAUGUGGUGAUGAAUUCCGAUGAAUAUUUUGAAAGUUAUGAGGAGCUCGAUGUUCACAGACUCAUGUUGACUGACAAUCCGAGAAUGACGGCAUAUAAAAAUGCGAUUCUAAACAAUAAACACUUGUUCGAGGGUAAAGUUGUGAUGGAUGUUGGUGCCGGCACCGGAAUUUUGUCAAUUUUCUGCGCACAGAUUGGGGCGAGGACUGUUUAUGCCGUUGAGGCGAGUAGACUCUCGUCGGUGAUAAAAGAUGUUGCUGUUGAGAAUAAUGUUGACAAUGUAGUCCAAGUUAUUUCACAAAAACUCGAAGAUAUUCGAGAUGAUACGGUCGAUGUCGUUGACAUAAUUGUGUCUGAGUGGAUGGGAUUUUAUCUCGUUCACGAGGGAAUGCUCAAUACAAUAAUCAACGCGAGAGAUAGAUUUUUGGUAGGCAAUGGACUCAUAUUUCCAUGCAUUGCAAAGUUAUAUGCUGCACCUUGUCAAGUUCCAGAGUUCUUUGAAUUUUGGGACGAUGUUUGUGGAGUUAAAAUGGGAUCAAUUGGGGCUCAAUUAAGGCAAUUGAAGUCUACGAAACCCGAGAUAAUGGUUGUGAAAGCUGAGAAUUUGUUAUGCGAAGAAAAAUUAUUUGCCUGGCUAGACCUCCAAUCCAUAACACCAAUGGACUUGUCCACGAUUGGAGGUCAAGACCUGCUGUUUGCGUCGAAAAAAAAUGGGAAGUUCGAGGGAAUUUGCGUUUGGUUUGAUGUGGAAUUUCCAGACACCUCAGAACUCUCAACGUCUCCACAUUCUGAGGCGACCCACUGGAAACAGACUGUCAUUCUCCUCCCUCAAGCACAAGAAGUGGAAGUGUCUGAACCGAUUGCAGUGAAAAUAACAGCCAGAAGGGACGAAGAGAGACCUCGAUGGUACAAUCUGGAAUUGGAAGUUCUGGACCCCGAAGAAAUUGAUCAUGACAUACCAUGUGAUUGUUACAUGACUAAAUGCAUUGUAUCAAGAGAGUUUCUCAAACUGCAAGAAAGUAAUGAGUGAGAUACAAUAAAAAAAGUUGACUCUGUGUUUUUUUCAAAGUU